AUGCCAGAUAAGAAGACUGGAGCAAAAGUCAACAUGGUAGAACAACCAAAUAAGAAUGGGCGAAGCAGGCGAGCCAACAGGGAAGACCUAGAAAAAAGGAGGUUAAGAGUUCGCACUGCCAUCACCACCGUGUACAAUAAGCCCAUCUACCGAAUUCUCAGCAAGAUAAAAAAUGAACCCUCCGUUCAGUGGCCAGCCAAGUUGGGAGUAACACAAAGGGUCUACGACGAGAGGUCCUGCUGCACCUUCCAUGAUGAGAAGGGGCACUUAACUGAAAACUGCACACCCCUAAGGCAACAUCUGGAAGAAUUAGUAGUUGCUGGCCACCUAGACCAGUAUAUCGAAGGGGGAACACAGCCGGCCCCCCAGGACCUCAACGCGCCAAAUGGGAUACCAGUGGAUGGACCACCCCAAGGCGUAAUCAAUGUUAUUCAUGGGAUCAUUGAACCUGAGCGGGUAUGUGAACUCAGGGGGAUGAUAAAGAAGGCAGAACACCUGAAGGAGAUACUAGGUGCACAAUCCGCCAUAAAAAAGGGCAAAACAAAGGCUACGAACGUCAUAUCCUUCUCAGACAAGGACCUAGCGAGGCUACAUUGCCCAUACAAUGACGCACUGGUGGUAAAUCUGCGCGUCAAGAACUUCGAAGUCAAGAGAAUCCUGAUUGACCAAGGAAGUUUGUGCGAAAUAAUGUACUAUGAAACCUUCAAACAGCUGAAGCUAGAGGACAAAGACUUGGCCCCUGCAACAUCCCCCCUAGUCGGCUUUAACUCAAUGCUAGAAUGGCCAAUAAGCAAGAUAAUCCUCACAGUCAAAGCUGGGACCAUGACUAAACAAGUGGAAUUUUGGUGCUUCGUCACAGUAAAUGGUAGCCGAGCUGCAAAAGGCUAUGUACAAAUAGUGGAAGAGCCAGAAAGGAAUGAACAGUUUGCGAACGUGGGCAAAGCAGCAGAGCAAAAGGCGGUGGAGGACUUGGUUGAGGUAAAGGUAGAUGAAAAAGACAUAGAAAAAUUCUUUUUGCUAGGCUCGUCUUUGUCCAACACUGAGAGGACCGAGUUAAUGGAAUUCUUAAUCUCAAAUAUUGAAGUGUUCGCCUGGAUGCCAUACAACAUGCCUGGCAUUGACCAAAGUUCAUCUGCCACCAACUUAAUGUCCACCUAA